GUUUAUUACGGGACGGUUAUCAUUUGCAGUGGUGCAGUCAGCGUACUGACAGGCGUUGUUUUAUUGAAAUAGUUUUGCCUUCUCGUCUAGUUAAAACUGCCUCUGUUUGGUUGAGGAUUGUCCCGCCCCUUCGCUGCUCUGAACCCGAAUCGGUCGACCGGUGAUAUUGAUGUGAUUGUCUCCAUUUCUACCUUUUUUAUGGUGACUGAGCGUUGAGCUACAGCGAGCGUGACAAUGGAACAGGAGGAAAAAAAUGCCGACUCUAAAUACGGAGAAACAAGAACGUUUGACCCAAACUUCAAGGGGCCCAUUCAUCAGAGGGGAUGCACAGAUGUUCUCUGCUGUGUUCUCUUCAUCGUGGCCUUAAUAGGCUACAUGGUGGUGGGAAUCAUCGCCUGGUCCCAUGGCGAUCCCAAACAAGUCAUCUAUCCCACAGACAGCAAUGGACACUUCUGUGGGCAAGCUGGAACCCCCAUGGAGAAGAAACCUCUUCUGUUUUACUUCAAUAUCUUGAAGUGUGCCAGUCCAUUGGUGCUGCUUGAGUUCCAGUGUCCCACCACACAGGUGUGCGUCGAAAGCUGUCCUCACAAACAUAUGACACUGAACAACGCCCUAAAGAAUAGGGAUGACAAGCAAUAUUAUCAGCAGUUCUGCAAGGAAGGAGUGGACCUCUCUAAAGAGACUGAUAUUCUUGCAAUCCUGACAUCCAACCUGUGCCCUGCAAUGCUCAUGCCCAGCAGACCCUUCACCGGUCGCUGCCUUCCAGACCUGGCCAUGAAGGGAGAUACAGUGAUGGUGGGUGACAAAACCAAUAUUACGGACAACGACGGAUUACAGAUCCAGGCUAAAGUGGUACUGGAGGCGUCAAAGAAAUCCAACAUGGUCGUUGAAGCGCGUGUGGUGGCCAUGAAAAUCUUUGAGGACUACAGUAUGUCGUGGCACUGGAUAAUGCUGGGUCUGGUGAUAGCCAUGGUUCUCAGCUUCACCUUCAUCGUCCUGCUUCGCUACCUGGCAGGCAUUAUGGUCUGGGUCAUCAUUAUCCUGGUCAUUGUCGUCAUCAGUUACGGUAUUAUCCAUUGUAACUUGGAGUAUAGAAGUCUAAAAGGGACGACUGGAGAAAAUACAACCAUCCGUGACCUGGGCCUGCAGACCGACUUCACUGUCUACCUAAAGAUCAGACAGACCUGGCUCGGAUUUAUGAUCACUCUCAUCAUCGUGGAGGUCACCAUCAUCCUGCUUCUCAUCUUCCUCAGGAAGAGGAUCUUUGUCGCCGUUGCCCUCAUUAAAGAGGCCAGCAGAGCUGUUGGACAUUUGAGUUCUUCAAUAUUCUUCCCGCUGCUGACCUUUUCCCUCAUCACAGUGGUGAUAGCUUACUGGAUAGUCACUUCUGUUUUCUUGUCCACGUCCAAUGAGCAGGUGUAUAAAGUGUUCAACAAAUCUGAGUGCGAAUUUUCUCUGACUGUCUGUGACCCUAAGACAUUCAACACUUCCGAAACUUAUAAGAAGUGUCCGGAUGCGGAAUGUCUCUUUGCCUUUUACGGCGGGGAUACCCCUUACCACAAAUAUCUCAUCGUGUUUCAGUUUUACAACCUCUUCCUCUUCUUCUGGUGCGCCAACUUUGUGUGCGCCCUGGGACAGGUCACCCUGGCCGGGGCCUUUGCCUCUUAUUAUUGGGCUUUCAAAAAGCCUGAAGAUAUCCCCGCCUUCCCCAUCUUCUCCUCCCUGGGACGGGUCCUCAGGUAUCACACAGGCUCUGUGGCGUUUGGUGCUUUGAUUCUGUCUGUGGUCCAAAUCAUCAGGAUAUUCCUGGAGUACGUGGAUAAAAAGCUGAAAAAUGCUGAAAACAAGGCUGCUAAAUUCCUGCUGAACUGCAUGAAAGUCUGCUUCUGGUGUCUGGAGAAAUGCAUCAAGUUUAUGAACAGAAAUGCUUACAUCAUGCUCGCCAUCUACGGGAAAAGUUUCUGUACAUCCGCUAAAGACGCCUUCUUCCUUCUCAUGAGGAACCUGAUGAGGGUGGCUGUCCUGGACAAAGUGACUGAUUUCCUCUUGUUUCUUGGAACGCUGCUGGUUGUUGGAAUUGUGGGCAUAUGCUCGUUCUUCUUCUUUUCUGGAAAAAUCAAAUCCGCCGAAUACGCAGCUCCCUCUCUCCACUACUACUGGGUGCCAAUACUGACGGUCAUAGUUGGAGCCUACCUCAUCGCCCAGGGCUUCUUCAGUGUGUAUGCCAUGUGUGUGGACACUUUCUUCCUCUGCUUCUGCGAGGACUUGGAAAGAAACGACGGUUCCGUCGAAAGGCCUUACUUCAUGUCGGCCGAGCUGCAUGAAAUCCUCUCCAAAGUCAAGAAGGUGGAGCCAGAUGGCCAACCUGUCAGCCCAGAGGACGUGCAGGUAGAAAAGGGAACUAGUGAGCAAGAACUAGCUGGAGCCAUUCAACUGAGGCAACAGUCUGCGCUCCACCAGGUUAAAACCCCGCAGUUCGGUAAUGAAGGAGAGGAGACCGAGGAGCAAACGUUUAGUCAAGGAGAGAACGAGGAAGAGGAGAGGAACGAAGUGGCGCAAGAGGAGACACAGAAAGAGGAACCCGGAAUAUCCAAGGAAAAAUAGUUCUACUAUUAAUUCUAAAGAAAAUAGCUUGGUAAUUGUACAGCGAGUUCAGUGACAUCCAGCUGGUGUCGCCUGAAGGCUUGAGGCCCAGCAUCCAUGGAGCUUGAACAAAAAAAAGUCUUAACACAAUGAAGAUCCUACAGGUGCUCCUCAGGUUUCGGACGAAGCCUGAUUAAGUCACUCACUCACUUUGUACAUAGAACACAUGAAGGACAUCUAAUAAGAUACAAAACAUUAACAAUAAUAAACUGCUUGUUUUAUUCAUCUUAACCAAUGUAGGUGUCAGGAAACUGCUUGCUGCUUUUUCAUCCUCACCAGCAGCUUCACCGUGAACCUUAAGGUAAUGCAAAUUAACACCGGCCUUAAAAGGGAACUGCACUUUUUUUCAUUUUUUUUUGCCUAUCAUUCACAAUCCUGGUGAGAGACAAGAACACACAUGCCUUUUUAAUGCAUUCGAACUUGUAAAUAAACAUCUGCUUGCAGUGGAGCCAAUGGGAGACAUGACAUCAUCGCGUCUAUUGCGUUUUUCCCACCAUAAAACCCAAUAAAUAACCAUCCAAAAAGCGCCAACAAUACUCCACUUACGUUUCGUGAACAGAAUAUUAACCAAGUACUAGCAAUAUUGUUAUUACAAGCGCUAAUGUUAAGAACCUACAUUUAGCGGCGCAUUGAUCAAAGAGAGGUAACUUCCUUAUGCUCCUGUAUUGAAAAUAUUUAUUGAUGUAUCAAAAAUGUAUUCUAGAUCAGGGAUUCUUUACCUUUUUGACCUUGGGCCCCAGCUUUUCUACUACAGAGGGUACCGGCUCCCACUCAAAUAAUAACACUGAAUUAGUCAUCUUCCUCUUGAUUUUAUUUGUAUUCAAUAAAUAUAUUUAACCUACUUAGAGUUUAGCGGAUUAAAAGCUUUGUCAAAUGAUAUGAAACUAUGCGUGAAUCACAAUGUAUUUAUUCAACACAUAAAACCUAGGCUUAGGUCAGGCUGAUUAGAAAACAAAGUACUAACCGAAUGUACUGCAUAACUCAUAAUUAACUGAUGAAAAAUAAAUGUACAUACAAUUAUGUUCGAAAAUCAAUCAACUAAAUUAAUAAUGAAUAUGUUUCAUAACUAAACUGUCGAUAAAUUUUAAGCGCAAAUGAAAAUUCACCAGUUUAGUCAUAUUUUUGGCGCUUAAGAAACUUCUCUUUGACUUAAGUUCAAGACUUCUGUGUACCGGUAUUUGAUAUUGUCAUUACUACCACAAGUGGUGGAAAAGUGAAUUACAAUUGGGUAUGUGGGCCGCAGCUGAGGAACUGGUCUUUUUUGGCGGCCCUCGAGGGCAGUGUUUUUCAACCACUGUGCCGCGGCAUACUGGUGUGUCGUGAGAUACAGUCUGGUGUGCCGUGGGAGAUGAUCUAAUUUCACCUAUUUGGGUUAAAAAUAUUUUUUGCAAACCAGUAAUUACAGUCUGCAAAUGAUGUGUUGUUGUUGAGUGUCGGUGCUGCCUAGAGCUCGGCAGAGUAACCGUGUAAUACUCUUCCAUAUCAGUAGGUGGCAGCCGGUAGCUAAUUGCUUUGUAGAUGUCGGAAACAGCGGGAGGCAGCGUGCAGGUAAAAAGGUGUCUAAUGCUUAAACCAAAAAUAAACAAAAGGUGAGUGCCGCCAAGAAAAGGCAUUGAAGCUUAGGGAAGGCUAUGUAGAACGAAACUAAAACUGAACUGGCUACAAGGUAAACAAAAACAAUGCUGGACGACAGCAAAGACUUACUGUGGACCAAAGACGGCGUCCACAAUGUACAUCCGAACAUGACAUGACAAUCAACAAUGUCCCCACAAGGAUAAAAACAACUGAAAUAUUCUUGAUUGCUAAAGCAAAGUAGAUGCGGGAAAUAUCGCUCAAAGACAUAAAAAUACCAAAGAAGAGAAAAAGACACCAAAAUAGGAGCGCAAAACAAGAACUAAAACACUACACACAGGAAAACAGCAAAAACUCAAAAUAAGUCACGGCGUGAUGUGACAGGUGGUGACAGUACACCUACUUUGAGACAAGAGCUAUAUUGAUGCAUGCUUGGUUAUGGUUUAAAGUCAUACCCAACAAUUGCGACAACGACUUUUUACUGUCAACUGAGUUUCGUUUUUUAAUGAUUUCUGCUGGUGGUGUGCCUCCGGAUUUUUUCUACGCAAAAAAUGUGCCUUGGCUCAAAAAAGGUUGAAAAACACUGCUCUAGGAGACGUUCGGCACCCAGCAAUAGGCUCCGGCCUUAUGGUUAAGAAACACUGUUCUAGACUAUAAAUCAUGUUUCUUACCUGGAUAAUAAAAUGAUGUGGACAUGAACUGAGAAGUUGGUACACUUUGACGGCCAACUUAGACCCGAAUAAGACGAAAAAGACCCGAAAAGACGCUUUGUUUUAUCCCCCUUUUUUUCUUUGCAAGAAUUAUGAUUAAUUCUUCAUUUAAGCGGGAAUAUAUAAACAUAUACAACAAAAUAUAUCGGCAUCCCGGUGAAAGCAGGCAUUGUACAGUAAGUGAUGUUUAUUUAUGUUUGUUGUCCCUAAUGAUGUCUGCAGUGAGUAGUAAUCAGUGAUGUUGUUAAAGGAAAUAGUGAAUGUUGUGAUGCGUUGGUCAAAUUAAUGUACCGCUGUAUGCUUAAAAUGAGCAAAAUAUGUAAAUAAUAAACGUUAUUAUGAAUGUGCCUGUUACUACAUUACAUACAGUAUAUACUUAACAGUGUAUAUAACAACUUAAUGGAGGUGUUUGGAUGUUUUUUUAAGCUUUUUAUAGGCAAAAUAGAGCAACUCACAGGCUCCAUUGUAAGCUUUUAAAUUACUAGUUAGAAUGCAUAAAUAAUUUAAAUCAUGUCUUCUAGUCUCUCAUUAAGAAUGUGAAUGAUAGGCAACAUUCCCCAAAAAAAGUGCAUUCUUACACUUAGCAUACAGACUACACUUAAGUGAAACUCAUGUUUAAAAUAUUUGCUUAUGGGAGUGAGGUAACACGAAUGUUGCACACUGACGAAGACCUUGUCGAAACCGGUCUGUUUUGGUAUGCCAGUUUAUAUUCAAAUCAUAAGAAGGACACCAGUUGCUGGCCUUGUUUUUUCGUUUCUAUUCUCACUUUUUGCCAUGCACAUCUUUAUUUUUGUUUUAUUCCGUUUUUCUGGAGAGUGCGUGUUUUUCCCUGUAUUUUGUAACACGAAUGUUGUAACCCUGAGGACCACCUGUGCAACUUUCGCAUGAUUACCGUCACUGAUGUUUAUUGUUCGAAAAGGCACUAAAAAGUUGUUUACAUUCUUAACUACACACAUUUGGCUGGAUGAUGUUUUUUCCCACUGUUUACGACAAUGUUCUAGACAUGUACUCUGUGAAUGUUGGAUCUUUUCUAUUAUCUAUUAUGUAUUUUUAAAUCUUACAAAGACACUUUCACCGUGUAUUACCACUUACUUGCCUUGGGAUGUUCCACUGGUGUUGAGCGCUGUGAUUUGUGUCUCUGAUGCAACCUUCCAGACCUUUUUAGGCCGAGGAGGGCCAAACUUUCGGUUCCCAAUGUGCCAAGCAUGAAAGACAAAUAAUAUAAAUCAGUGAUUUUCAAACUGCGGUAUGGGCUCCAUCCAGUGGUACGCCAAAAAAACACUUGAUUAAAAUACAGUGUUUUAUACUUCUAUAUUCAAACACAGUGUUACUGUUCAAAUUGUGUGUAGUAUUACAUUGGCCAAAAAAUAUUAAAUAUCAUUUAAAAUAAAACAUCUGCCUUAUUUUUAAUGAACACUUAAGCCUACUACACUACUGUAUUAUAAUGUUGGGAUGGGAUUUUAAUGUUGGUGAAAUAAGUAAGAAUCACUGAUCUUAAUGUCAAUAAUAAAGUUCCUCUGAUUACUGGCCACUCGUUAGUCUUGUGGACAUGUUAUCAGUCACUACGUUUCCGUGCACUAAAUUAGUCUGACUUCUCAAAUAGUACGGUUUCUUGUACAUGUGAAGUUUCAAGUGUCCAUGCACUUAUGAUAAAGUGGCCUUGUGGUUAGAGUGUCCGCCCUGAGAUCGGUAGGUUGU